CAUUUCACAGAGAGAGUAUACAUAUAUUUUAUCUUUUAAUUUGUUUGUUAUUAGAAAAAAAAAAUGGAGAAAAAAGUCGACGAAACACUACUCGAGCGAAAGACAAGCUGGGACGGCCAACAACUCGUUAAGUACGACGGCUUUUGGUUCUCCGAAAUGUUUUUCCGACAAAUAUUAUCGGCUCAAAACCACUUUGUCGCAAAAGAUUCCGACGUAAUACUGUCGACUGUUCCUAAAUCAGGAACCACAUGGUUGAAAGCCCUCGCUUUUGCCGUAGCCAAUCGCGGUAUUCAUCCAAAUACCGAUCGAAACCCUCUACUCACUUCUAAUCCUCACACACUUGUGCAUUCGAUCGAAAUCAAUCUUUUUCACCGAGAAAAUCCGAAUCUUGAAUACCUCUCGUCAAGUACUAGUAGUACAAUUAGUUCAAGAAUGUUAUCCACACACAUGCCGUUCGAAAUCCUUCCGGAUUCUAUCCGUGAAUCCGCAUGCAAAAUUAUCUACGUCUGCAGGAACCCUUUGGACCAGUUCACAUCGCUCCGCCAUUUCUUGAUCGAAAAUAGGAUUAAGAAAGACGUGGUCCCACUUGGACUGGACGAGUCGUUCGACAUGUUUUGUGACGGAAUUCACGGGUUCGGUCCGUUUUGGGACCAUAUUCUUGGAUACUGGAAUGCGCAUUUGGAGAAUCCUGGCAAAGUGUUGUUUCUGAAGUACGAGGAUUUGAAAGAGGAUAUUGGUUGUAACGUCAAGAAGAUUGCCGAGUUUUUGGAGUGCCCGUUCUCGUUGGAGGAAGAAAAACGAGGGGCGGUGGAAGAAAUAUCGAGGUUGUGUAGUUUCGAGAAUUUGAAGAAUGUGGAGGUGAAUAAGAGUGGAUAUGUUAUGGAUGGUUUAUUGAAAAAUAGUACAUUUUUUAGGAAAGGAGAGGUCGGAGAUUGGACAAAUUAUUUGAAUCACGAAAUGGCGGAACGAAUGAAGAAGCUUAUGCAGAGCAAGUUCGAGGGAUCCGGUUUAAUGUUCAAGACCUAAACAUUAAGGCAUUUUAAUUUUAUUUUUAAUCAUUAAAUUUCUAUGAUAUGUUAUGCUUCAAUUGAUUUGAUUUUUUGCUUAGAAUAAGAUGUUGUUGUUGUAUUAAUUGAAGGUGUGUAUUUUUCUGUCAAUUGGCUAAUAUGGCUAUUUUA